UGUGGAAGAAUAUUCCGAAUGACGAACACUGGCUUUCCUUUAAUAUUGAAAUGCUCUCCGUGGAACCAUGGUCACUCAGUUUGCAAUUCAAGUUCCUGGAUAUUAACAACGAUACUGUGCUCACCGAAAAUGAGCUAGUGAAAUUCCAAGAGCGUAUGAAGAAGAAUUUUGGUAAAACAUGGAGCAAUGAAGAUAUCGACCAGGCAAUGGCUGCCAGAUAUUACAUCAAAUACUUUGACGUGAACAGAGAUGGCCGAAUCGAUUUUGAUGAAUUCCGGCGAGUAAUGGAACGAGAUAUGGCAACAAUGGCAGCAGCAGCAAAUAAUAAAAAGCCGGAAGGUCGAAAACGAGACCCGUCAAUUGCUUGGAUUCUGGAUUUCAAUAAUGAUGGUAUCGUUUCUGUGCAGGCAAGUUCACUUACCUUUAAGUUGGGAGGUUAG